CCGUAUCACUUCGCUGAUUUCACUGCUUGAGCUUGGACCAUGUCUGGAAUUGUGCUUUACGGAUUGGACAUUAGUCCUCCAGUGAGAUCCUGCCAACUGACCCUGCGGGCCCUGGACUUGGAGUACGAGUUCAAGGAGGUGGAUCUCCUGGCGGGGGAGCACCGCAAGGAGGAGUUCCUCAAGAAGAACCCCCAGCACACCAUUCCGCUGCUCGAUGACAAUGGCGUCCUUGUGUGGGACUCACAUGCCAUCGUGUGCUACCUGGUGGGCAAGUAUGCGAAGACGGAUGAGCUCUAUCCCAAGGAUCUGGUGAAGCGGGCGCAGGUGGACCAGCGACUGUACUUCGAUGCCAGCGCUCUGUUCAUGGCUCUUCGGAACAUCUGUGCCCCCUACUUCUACAAUAAUGUCACGGAGAUUUCCCGGGAGAAGGCGGAUAAUGUUCGUGAUGCCUAUGGCCAUUUGGAGACCUUUCUGGGGGACAAUCCCUACGUAACCGGCGACACCCUCACCGUAGCGGACUUCUGCUGUGCUGCCACGGCCUCUUCCUUGCCAGCUGUUGUCCCGCUGGAGGCCGACAAGUAUCCGAAGAUCACCGCAUGGCUGGAACGCCUCCAGGAGUUACCCUACUACGAGGAGGCCAAUGGGGCUGGGACCAAGAAGUACGUGGACAUGCUAAAGGACAAGCUGAGUUUUCUGUGAGCAGUCUUUCCCACAAUUAACUAGUGCGUUGUGCUUCAAUUUUUAAUUCCCAGCUAAUUAAAGUAAGUGGUUGACAAACAUUUGGUACUGCCCACACUCUCAGAAAAACUGGGAAACUAAAAUUAAAUAAACUAAAAUUGAGAAAUUAAUUUCAAUA